UCCGUAGCAAACACACACAUUGCUCGGCUUUUCCUCAGUGGAUUGUGUAUGUGUGUGUUUGUGUGCGCUCGUAAUUUUCAUCUGCUCUGGGUACAGAGGGAGGGACAGACAGAAACCUCGGCUGGCGACAGAAACCAAUCAGAGCGACACGAAGCCAUCGAUCGGGAUUUAUUUAUCUGACGGAAAGCGCCAUCAGUCUGUCAAACAAUAACCUUCAGAAACCCCAGAGAAACAUUAAGAUGGCUGAUUUUAGUAUUGAUCAGAAAAACCUGCCUGGCGUAAAAGAGGUGUGUCGGGACUUUGCCUUGCUUGAAGACCACUGUCUGGCCCACAACCUUCAGGAACAGGAGAUUGAGAGCCACUUGGCAUCCAACGUAUACAAGAGCCGCCUGGCGCAGCAGGACCUACAGGUGGCCAAACGUCUGCAGCAGGAGGAGGACCUGCGGGCCAAAGCCGAGAGCCAGAGACAACACCGCCGCAUCGAACGCAUUGACAAUGAAAUGGCUCUGGAGAUUCAAGACCAACUGGUCCGACAGGCCGAACAGCAGCGGCAGCAGGAGGAGAAAGACGAGGCCAUUGCCCGAAAGCUGCAUGAGCGAGAGAUGAAGGAGGAGAGGAAACGGCAGAAGCAGAUUGAAACAAACGUUGAGGAAGAAUUCUAUGAAGACAAAGCCUUCCGAUUUCCAUCAGACCUGCGGGAGCCGAACCCCCAUUCCACUUCUCCAGGUUACAGAAAAGAGAAGCACCGCGACUACAACCAAAUGAUUUCCCCUUACAACUCUCCCAACCCAGACAGAAAAAGAUAUCCUAAUAGCCAUAGUCGUUAUCCAGAAUAUGAGCCUGUUGAGUUCAGCCGAUCGAAGCAUCCAGAGAUUACAAACAAGGGAAGGGAGUACUACUCGCCCGAUCGACAACCAAAAACCUCUGAAGAUCAUUUGAAAGAAAGAAACCAACCUCUCGAUCUGGAUAACACAGAACCCCGUAGAAAGAAGAAACAGGAUCAAGGGGACAACUUUGAGCCUGUUGUGCGGCGGAAGGAGAAACCGCAUAGGGACUACUCUGCUGACCGAGACAAGGUUUGGGACAAGGAGAGGAACAAGGAUCGAGAGCGAGAAAGGGAUGGACAAAGAACCAAGGACAGGCAAAGAGAGCAAAACCGAACAAAAAGUCAAGAUCGCUUGUUUAGUGGAGAUGUCAGGGGCAGAAACAUGGACAGGGCAAUGGACCAAAAUAUUAAUGGGCAUAGCAGCAGAGAUAGACAAAGAGAACGAGGUAGAGAUGGGAACAGAGAAAGGCACAGAAGUAGAGAGCGAGAACUGGACUACAGUCUGUCCCCUUCUAGGGGAAGGUCGGAAGACAACCUGGAGUGGGAGGAUUUCAAGAACAGGCCUAAGCUUCCAAUUGGUCCCAGUGAGGUGUUUGAGGAGCCCACUUUCAGAGGCCACUCAAAUGAUGGCCAAUCCCCUGGCUAUUCCUCCAGAGAGAGAGGCCGCAAGGUACGAGGAGAGUAUGGCAUGAAGGAAGCAACACAUGGACUGGCCCAGUUAGAGCUACAUGACCAAGAGUUUAGAGACCUGGAGGUGGCACGCAAACUACAGGAUGAAGAAUUAAAAGCUGUUCAAAUUGACAAACGAGCAGCUCAAGUUGCACAAGAUGAGGAAUUAGCCAGACGGCUAAUGGAGGAAGAGAAAAGGGAAUAUAAGAAAUCGAAAGAUAAGGAGAAGCAAGUGAUUGAGAGAAGACGACCCGAGCUAGAAUACAAACCAGUGCAAGAAGAGGUAGUACGACCACGAACACGAGAAGAGGUGCGUAGCAGAGAGGAGGAGUACCAGAGAGCACGCAACCACAAACCUGCGAGGCCUCCACCUCCUACACAGCAUUAUGAGAACAUAAACCCAAGCUACGCCUACGCCGAGAGCCCAUACUCGCCUCGACCUCCAUCAAGGCCAGAAGCCGCGUACAAAGGUGCCUACUACAGACAGUGACCAUAAGCCUCCACUGCUGUCCAAUCUUAAGUCCAUUCGGCCCUUUACUUUGCAAGGAAGUGAUUCAGAAACUACUUUGAGUUCAUGAGGCUUUCAGCAGAAGCUACUGACACUUUAAAUUGGUUAUUUUUUUCUUCAAUUAUUCGGCUUAUCACGUCAGGGAAGCCGGUGUUGUCCCUUCGUGUUGUGAAGAAGUCUUUUAUCCUGGAGCUAUGAACUACUGGCCAACAGGGACGGUUUCCUGUUUGCUUCUCACGUUCUCGUCUAAUUGUGGACGACUGGACUAGGAAGUGAUCUACUGCACAGCUCUUUUUUUUUUCUUUUCGUCCCUCUUGGCAUCUCUAAUCAAGCCUCAUCUUGAUGUUGAUGAUCAGGAGUUUUCCACAUUUAAUUUUUAUUUAACUGUGUUUGAGUUUCUAUAAAUCAUUUUUGUGCUGUAUAUUUAUUGAUUUAUCUUUGAGAGGAUCUAUUUUAUUUUAUAAUUCCUAUUUUAAAGUUCUACCAUCUAUCAUUGAUCUGAAGAGACUGUUAAAAUAAACCCGGAAGUAGUCGAAAUUCUGGAGAUCUGUUUUAAACGUUCAUAUCAAAAUUGGAAAUUUGCUGUUCAUUUACUCUCGCGCACGCUUAGGUCUUGUUUUACAUUACUAUUUUUUUCCUUUUCAAUUGUGCGCAACUCAAUAACUGCAAGUAUAUUUACAGGCAAAACAAAUGUAAUACCUGACGAUACAUUAUUGAGAUUUUAUUAAGGUUUCAUGCUACACUUCUUUCACAGAGUGAUCAACCCAGAACACCCAUUUCAGAUGGACUUGGAUAGGUUUACGAACUCUGAAUGUGCUCUCAGAGAUUCACAUAAUUUUACGUACUUCUUUAAAGCCACAAGCAUGGCAGAAUUGAUAGCUUCAGAAAGACUAAUAUCUCCUCCCAUUUGAAUCACAUCUAAAUGUGUUAAAUUUGAGGUAACGUAAACCCAGAAAUCCAAAUACCCAAAGCUACAUACAAAACAAACAUUAGCUAUGUUUCAAUCCAAAAAUGCGAAUUAACUAUAUGCGCAAAAUAAUAAAGCAGCGUUUCCAUCCAACGAGUCAAAACGAACAAAAUCGUCACUUCCUGUUUAAUUAGCGCCAAAUAUCGAAAGUAAAAACGGAAUUUGCUGCGACUUGCGCCUCAGAAGGCAAUCCUGACAUGUUUAAACACGUAGUGGCAUUUGAAGGCGUGAGACGCAGAGCACAGACACUCUCGAUUCUGGAGGUCAUUAAUAAAAUAAUAAUACUAAUACUGAGAUGGUUAAGGUGUUUUAAAAUGACCAAAACAACAUUUCAGAUGCUCAGCCUGCUGGUUUGUCCAUUCACACGUUUACCAUCACAUGAUCUCUUAUAACAAAAUCACGUUUUAAUAUAUAUAUCACAUUUUAAAUGCGCAUACUGGAAUAUGUUCGGUAAAACUCUUUCCAUGGCAGUUCAUGCGCAUCUUUUCUUAUCGAAUAAAACUUUAUCUUGCUCAGUUAUGCGCAUGCGUUUUUUUAUGCGCAUUUUCAAAAUGUAUGCGCAUGUUGGCGUUUCCAUCAACCGUUUGUUUUUUUCGCAUAUCCAAAAUGCGCAUAAAAAUAGGUGGAUGAAAAUUGAGACUUAAAUGUCUCCUAUGUCAUUUGAAUCACAUCUGAGGUAUUUUAAUCUCAUUAAAUCUGAGGUAACGUAAACCCAAAAAUCCAAAUACCCGCUACAUAUGAAACAAAUAUUAGACGUGUAUACAAAACGCAUAUAGAGAGAUCAUUUUACUUCAUUAAAUCUCCAUUUUUUUUUUUUGUCAGGAGGCACAGUAAGUAAGUUUUGACUUGCAUUUUGUGAAUUCCCAGUUUGAGUGAGUAAAUUAACAGCAAGUUUAUAUUUUUGCGUGAAUUAUCACCUUAACGCAAAGCUCCAGCACUUGCUAUGUUUUCCAACUUAUCGAAUAUCAAUAUUAUCAACAUUUGUUUCUUCAUUUUGCCUCCAUAUUAUUAGAGAGACUUGUCUCGAACCCUGUGGUACACCUAGAGUUCGAGACACUCAGCCUUCGGGUGCCUUUGUUUUUGCGAUUACCGCAGCGUCCAUAAUGACUCUACGUAGGUUUAUUUUCUUCGAGACCUGCUAAUAUGAUGCUCCAUCGUUCAAAUGCAUGCUGGCUGAAUGUGAACAGUAUGGGCUCUAUAUAAAUCUCAUCAUCCAGAAAACUUAAAAACAAAACAAAAAAAUGGCCACAAACUCAUCUCUACUCUUCGGUUUUUAUUUUUAUAUAUAUUUUAUUUUUAUUUAUAAGUCAAUAGCAAUUCCAAAUACACGUUCUAAGGCAUGUAGUAGCAUUGCUGUCAGCACAGAUGUAAACUGUUUUAUUGCUUGCAUCGUCAUAUGCAAUUCGUGCUAAUAUCUGUGUUCGGAGUUACAGUGCUUUGAAUUUGGUGGCAGACUUACAUUAAGCAGGGACAUAAAAAGUGACCAGCAAACCCAUCAAAGCAGCGAACAAGUGACUACGGCAGCGUUUAUCUGGCACUUUCCAUAAAUAGUGUACAAAUUAGGGUUACAUUUUGUUUGUUGUUUGUUCGGUGAAGCAUGUACGCGUAAGAAAACGUUUUUGCUUUCACUUUUAAUUUGUGUUUUCUUUGUUUUUGAUGUUGGUUUGGGUUUGCAUUGUUUUCUUCGUCUAUUUUGGAUCUUUUAGUCUGUUUUUGUUUUCAAUUUUAAUUGUGCUUUUUAUUUUAAUGCUUUGCUAUUUUCGUCGCCUUUUUUGAUUUAUUUAUGGGGGGGUUUUACGCUGUUUGGACUUUCGCUUUCGUAUCGCUUUGUAUUUGCUUUAUUUUUUUGUCCUGUCUUCACAAAACAGUGGUGUUUUUGUUUUGUAUGAGUCUAUUUUUAUUUUAUUUAUUUAUAUAUUUAGUUAUGUUUAUUUUUUUAUUUUGCUGUUUUCCUUUUGGUUUGCAUUGUUUUCUCCGUCUAUUUCGGAUUAUUUAGUUUGUUUUUGUUUUUAGUUUUGUUUUAAUUGUGCUUUUUAUUUUAUUCUUUGCUAAUUUCAUCGCCGUUUUUGUUUUUUGAUUGAUUUACAAGUUUUUUUAUGCUGUUUGGACUUUUGCUUUCGUAUCGCUUUGUAUUUGCUUUAUUUUUUUUUUGUCCUGUCUUCACAAAAGUGUGCUGUUUUUGUUUUGUAUGAGUCUAUUUUUAUUUUAUUUAUUUAUUUAUUUGUUUAUUUUUUUAUAUUGCUGUUUUGCUUUUGGUUUGCAUUGUUUUCUUUGUCUAUUUUGGAUCUUUUAGUUUGUUUUUCUUUUCACUUUUGUUUUAAUUGUGCUUUUUAUUUUGAUGCUUUAUUUUCGUUGCGUUUUUUUUUUACGCUGUUUGGACUUUCGUUUUCCUAUUGCUUUGUAUUUGCUUUAUUUAUUUAUUUUUUGUCCUGUCUUAACAAAACAGUGCUGUUUUUGUUUUGUAUGAGCCUAUUUUUAUUUUAUUUAUUUACAUAUUUAUUUGUUUAUUUUUUAAAUCGCUGUUUUGCUUUUAGUUCGCAGUGUUUUUUCUCUGUCUAUUUUGGAUCUUUUAGUUUGUUUUUCUUUUCACUUUUGUUUUAAUUGUGCUUUUUAUUUUGAUGCUUUAUUUUCGUUGCAUUUUUUUUUUAAUACGCUGUUUGGACUUCCGUUUUCCUACUGCUUUUGUAUUGGCUUUAUUUUUUAUUUUUUUGUCCUGUCUUCACAAAACAGUGCUGUUUUUGUUUUGUAUGAGUCUAUUUUUAUUUUAUUUAUUUAUAUAUUUGUUUAUUUUUUAUAUUGCUGUUUUGCUUUUGGUUUGCAUUGUUUGUCUUAGUCUGUUUUGGAUCUUUAUUUUGUUUUUGUUUUAAUUUUGCUUUUUAUUUUGAUGCUUUGUUUUUUUUUGUCUCCGUUUUUGUUUUUUGAUUGAUUUGUUUCUUUUUUUUACGCUGUUUGGACUUUCGCUUUCGUAUUGCUUUGUAUUUGCUUUAUUUUUUUUGUCCUGUCUUCACAAAACAAUGCUAUUUUUGUUUUGUACUGUAGAAAUCUAUUUUUAUUUUAUUUAUUUAUAUAUUUAUUUUUGCAUAAAUUAAGGCCUUCAGCUGCUGCCAACCUCUUUGAGACAAAAUCUUAAUUAAGUUUUUUUAAAUUAAAUACAUUUAACAGUAUUAUGACACCGUUGUGUGAUAUUAUCAAAUAUUUACAUUAUCUUCCUUUCUCUUUUUUAAUACUAAAUAAAAUCCAGUAUAUGUUAUAGUCCUCCCUUUUGAACAAUGGUUUCAAACUGGAUUCCUGGAGGGCCGCAGCUCUGCACAGUUUUGCUCAACCUAAUCAAACACAGCUGAUUCAACUAAUCAAGGUGUUCAAGACUACUAGAGACUAUUAUGCAGGUGUGAGUUGGAGGUGGUUGGAGCUAAUCUAUGCAGAACUGCAGCCCUCCAGGAAUUAAGUUUGAGACCACUGCUUUAGAACAAUUUGUGCAUUUAUGGCCAAUAAAAACACUAGUUUUGUUACUCUAUUAAUGGAAAGUGCCAGAAGCACAUCACUCUAUCAGGGCAUUUUUUAUUCGUAUCAUUUUCUUACAACUUAAUUACUGCUUACAUUCCAUCCAUCCCAUCAAAAUGAGUUAAAGGGAUUCCAAUCCGCUCGGCUUUUGGCAAUGGGAAUAUGAUUGUGCGAGCUUCAUGUAGCAUCCAGUACAGUUACAACUAAAGGCAGCAGCUACUUUUGUAUAUCGCAUUAGUGCCUCUAUUAAGACCAGUGUUGGAUCGCUAGUGCUAAUCGCUCUCAAUAACAAUAUGCUAAGUUUGUGUUUGUGCAUUUCUCUGAAAGGCAUGGCCUGAAAUAAACUUUUAGGGAAAAUCUGUUGCCAUGAUGCUGCUGUGCUUAACAGGUGAUUUUUUUUUAUUAUUUUUUUCUCUUGUGCUACUGUAUUACUGAAUCAGUUUUCGAUCACUUUGUGUUUGUUUGUGUGUGUGUGUGUUUUAGUGAUGAAUGUGCAAAUAUAUAUAUCUCUUUCAGUGCUGUAUCAAUCAGUGCGCUGUAGAAAAGACGAUUAUAUGUUACGAUUCUGAAACUAAUUGGCUAGACGGUUUUUGUGCCAAAUUUGGAAGAUUCAGGGAUUUUAAAAACAUAGUAUUGCUGUAAAACUGACCAGUGAUCUGAGUGGGAAAUGAAUCUGGUUUACAAAUGUUUUUGCUGGAAGUUGUAACAAACGAAUUUAAUUUUUAGCACCCGAUGUGUUGUAAAUGUGUGUGUGUAUGUGUGUGUGUGUAUGUGGCGGAGCGUCAAAUUUUUUUUUCUCUCUUAUUGUACGGAGAUGAUGUUCAUGCCAGUUUGUUUUACAAUCAGCUGCUGCUGGAAGCGUUUUUGUGACCGGCGAAAGUGUUUGUAUCUUGCACAUUCUCAUAGCUUCCACUGGCCAACUGUAAAUACCAAAUAAAUGACUUUUAAA